AUGGUGGUUGAAACCGGUGGAAGGGGGGUCCCCUCCACAGGGAUGACAGCCAGGGAGCUUUGUGACAAUGAUGACUUGGCCUCAGCCAUAACUCUAGAUCCAUAUCUUGGCUUUUCUACACACAAGAUGAAUACCAGGUACCGUCCAUUCAAAGGGAAAAUGCAAGAAGACCUGAAAGCAGUAAUAGAGCGCUUUAAGACACAUCAGAACAUGGAGAGAGCCUACAGAGAACUGACUGUUGGGGAGUGUGUGCGAACGUUUCUCCUCAACAAAACGAAAGCCCAACAAGCAGUCUUCAAACAACAUGUGUUCCGGUAUUUGCGAAUGUUUCAUCGAGGAUCAGGUUUUGAGUUGUUACCUUGUUAUCGAUAUACUAUGGAGGACCAAGUUGGAGCCAAGAUCUGUGCUAUACAGCAGUGGCAGAAGAAUGACAAAAUCCCAAUGCUUGUUGGCUGUAUUGCUGAGUUGACUAAAGAAGAAGAGGAGCAAUUUUUGCGACCAGGAAUCAAUGAUUUCAGUGUAAUGUACUCCUGUCGCAAAAACUGUGCCCAGUUAUGGCUUGGACCUGCAAGCUUCAUCAACCAUGACUGUCGUCCAAACUGCAAGUUUGUGUCGACUGGUCGUGAUACUGCCUGUGUUAAGGUUCUCAGGGACAUCGAGCCUGGUGAAGAGAUCUUCUGUAUGUAUGGGGAGGACUUCUUUGGAGAUAAUAACUGUCUCUGUGAAUGUGAAACUUGUGAAAGGCGUAAGAUGGGAGCAUUCAGGCCCAAAAACUCUGCACCAGCGGAUCAACUGGAAAAGGGGUACCGACUGCGCGACACUGACGACAGAUUAACACGGCAGAAAAUAGAGACAGAGAAAAGUCGACCAUCAGCAGGGAUGACUGGCGCAGCAGAAUUUGGCAAUGGUAUUGCUGAUUAUAAAUCAAAAAACUGGGACAUCAGAGAUGGUAACUUAAAGAAGCAUUCUCAUUUGCUGAAGGCUGCAGAACUGAAAAAGCGUGGAAUCACACGAUAUGAUGCAGAAAUUAUCCUAUCUCAGGGUCUCAACCUCCCAGACCCUCAAGUAGUCAUUGAAACUAAGCUCCCUUCAUCUAUCAAUCAAAACAAGACUGUUAAAGCAAGCUCUGUCCUGGCACACAUGAACAAACCUUCAAGAAAAAGUCGGAAAAGAUUAAAGCGUUCUCAUGGUGGUAAAUUUGCUCAGGAAUCUGUUCAUUAUGAGAAUAACAAUCAAACUAAAAAUGAAAUGUCUAAUGCUGUCGUGUGUUCCAAGAUCAAAUCGCCGUGCAAAAGAAUGAGCUUUAGUUUUGAAGAGUGUGAGACUGAUAGCAAUGAUGUGGUAAAAAAUGAUGAAGUGGUCAGUCAUCCAAGAGAGAAAAAUCACUUACAAUCUCAAUCAGAUGAAGGUUUGUUUGUAAUGGUUAACCAUAGUUUGGAUGGAAAAGCAUCUCAAGCAAUCAAGGGACCAGGGUGUUCUUCUGCUGGGCUUCGUAACUCUCCAAAGUGCCGCAGUAGUCCUCGUUUAAGAGGAAGAGGCUCUGGGCUUUCUAGUGGAGGUGAUGGGCCUGCAUCAGUCUGCGCUGACAUAACUAACCAGGAGGAUGGUGGGUUGCUGUCUCCAUUACACAUAAAGACAGAACCCCUGGAUGAUGUCCAACUCCCACGUCAGAGUCCACGUUUCAAAAUGGGAAGGACAGCAGAAAUUGUGAAAGAAGAAUGUUUAGACUCCUGUGUUCCUAGUGUUCCUGUACCUUCUGUCAUGAAGCAUAUUGUAGAUGAUAAGAGAAAUGACUCAUGUGUUUUAAGCAAAAUUAAAGUGGAGCCAGGCUCAACAGUUAAAUCCGAGUCUGUAUCGCCAGGACCAGGAUCAUACACUCGAUGUUCUGUUCGGGCCUCCCCAAAACUUACACGAGUGAACACUUGUGAACGGCAGAGAAGACUUUCUUGUGGUUCAAACAAUAAGAUCCCAAAACUUUCACCAUCAGUUCCUGUGAGACAAAGUCCACGACUUCAUGUUAAACAGUUAACAUCAUCAGACACAGGAGAAUUUGAGAAGGUUAAACCUGCUGCAGCUAUUAACCUCUCAGCAAAACUUGAGCAUGAUUGUCACUCAGGGAAUACAUCAGACAUCCCAAUGUUUUGUGAUGCUGGGAAGAGCUUGUAUAGUUCAAAACACAACCUAGGUGUUGCCUCCCAUACCGAUGAUGAAUUCAAGAUAUGGGAGUCAGAAUCUGUGUUUGAUCAAAGCCAGGGGAAGUCAGAACGCUUAGUUGCAACAAUGGCUGAACCUCCGUCACAGCAGCCCAUUCAUGAUAUUUUAACACGUCCAUUUGUAGCUACAGAAACAAAGGCAGUAGAUCAUGUUAAUCAUAUAAAACAGGAACCGGUGACCAAAACGAGGAAAAACAAUGUGAUGUACCGCUCUGUGUCUGACCAGUGUCUGUCAACAUACAACAGGCACACCAAGCACAGAGACAGAAAACGUAAGCUAUCCUACUCGGUGAGCAGCCAUUACGAUUCCUCUCCAUGUCCGUCCCCAGAGAAGAAGAUACCUAAGCUUACAAUUCGCCUGCGACCAGACCCAAACUUGCAGCGGGAACUUGACCAGAAUCAAUCGGACUAUGUCAUUUUUAAGAUGGAUGACAGUCCACGUUUGAAAGAACCUCAGGACAAAAUAAACAAUAACAAUGAUUGUGUAAAGGGGAAUAACUCUUCACAAGGCAACAACUCGUCUUGUAUAGAAACGAAAAAGUUUUAUACCCCUCACAAAUAUUAUUCUUAUCCCAAGACUUUAAGACUAAAGCUUGGCAAUGAAGCUAUUGAUAUACCACUACCUCCCUACAGUAUAGCGGAGAAGUGAUAUAGACCCUGGUGCAAUCACUAAACAUUUAAAUCAUUUGUUUAUUAAGAUGUGAAUAGAAAAGUGAGCAUUUGUAAAGUUAUUAUGGUAUUUAAAGAUAUUUGAUGUUCGUCACAUGCA